AGUUGCGGCAUAGCGCCGCCUGGGCUGCAAUCUGACCAACAAACACCGACAGUUGUAAAUUAAACACCUGUGGGAGAAGGGAGAGAAGACCAUUAAAAUGGCUGCCAUGACUAAAUUGCUUUGAGUUUCAGCCUGACGAUAAAUUAAAGACUUGUGGAGUUUGUGUAAGCGAAGAAAAUCAGUUGAACUUGUUAAAAUUAAAAGAGGGAGACAUAAAGAAAUCAUGAUCAUAAGAAAAUCGCGUCAGAACACAAAGGCUGUUCCCCAAAAUUUCGCUCAGAGGAAAUCUUUGUAGAAGUAGGUCUAUAGGUCUAGGCCUUCCCGCUCAAGAAAAAAAAAAAAAAAAAAAAAAAAAAAAAAAAAAACAAAAAAAAAAAAAAAAAAAAAAAAGUUUCGUUUCUCGGAAGACCACCCAGGGCGCACCGCCCUCCCCCAAGCGAUGAGACGCACCAUCGAGAGAAGGCAGGAGGAACUGGACGACCUCGAGGACACCAAAUGCCGGAGGAAGUCCUACGCCCUGGCCCAGAGGGAGUCGCUUCCUAUACCUCUCCCCUUGCCGGUCUACCCGCCUCCGAAGCCGAUCGCCCGCCCUCCGCCUCCGAAGACGGUCUUCCGCCCCGUGGGCCCCGGUCUCCGAGCUAACGCCAGAGGCUACAGGCCCUCGACGGCCUCCGUGAACCUCCUGCCGACGACGCCGGAGGUCCCGUCAACGCCCCCCGUCAGGAAUCAUCAGGUCAGAGGCGGCUUCGUUCCUUCGGCGGCCUUGUCCCCUACUCCGGAGGAAUCUUCCGGCUGUGUCUCGCCAUCGCCGAGUUAUAGGUCUAACGACUUCCACCCACACCUGCAGCAGAUUCCAGCCACGCCAGAGGCCUCGCCCAAGCUCAGCAGUUUCGCCGCCCUUCAGGGGCGCCCUCAGGAAGAGAAGCAAACGCGAAACCAGCAGCAACUGCUGCAGCCAGUAGAAACCACAUUACCUCCUCUCACUGCGUUAGACAUCACUCAACAGCUCACGUCGAUACCAACCGCCACCACCACCACCAGCAGUAGCGUCAGCAGCAGCAGCAGCAGCAGCAGUAGUAGUACCAGUCUCCCCCCGACGCCCCCAACCCAUCACCACCAGCUGCCCCCGACGCCCACGUCCCUCUCACGGUCCGAUACCCCGACGUCCUUAGGGACGUGCCCGCGGACGCCGACAUCAAUCAGGGCGGCUCCGUGGCAGCCUCUGCCACCGACAGCAUCCCUCACUCACAAAGUUCCUUCCUCUCCCACAGUAGCUGCCGCCGCCGCUCCUGUCGGGGCAACAACGGCACCUCAUCCUCCUCUUCCUCCACCUCGUUCCGCGGCGGCGUCGCCUUCUGCAGGAUCUGCCUACCCUCCCACGCCCCCUUCGUCACCCUUGCGUCGUCUGGAGGUCCCAGACGCCGCUGACGUCGCGUCGUAUUCGUCGCUGUCGUCGUCGGUCGAACAAGGCCUAAAUCACAGCAGGCUCUCCCUAGGUAGCUCCAACCUGUUACCAGAACCAACACCUCACCUUGGGGAAGCCCACGACCUUUCUUCCCUCAACCCUUCGGAAAGUUCCUACCCAGCCGUCCUCGAUGUCAUGCACCUCAGCGUAGAUGUUCAGAAGGGCACGCCGACGGCGCUGGGAGAGGAGAGCACAGUAUGGGGCACAUUCGGCUCCAUUGCUGAGUCAGCAGAAUACGCCUUCAAGAGCUGGACCGACGCUACCAUCGCCGCUUUCCCAAACUGGGGUCCUAUCAUCGUCGUCUUCUUCACGGUGCCCAUGAUGUGGGUCACACAAAAGCUGGAACAAUCAGUUGAGUUGGUGGCACGACACCAACAAGCUACAAGAAGGUUUCGAACUUCAACAGAAGAACCCGACCUAGUGUUGCAUUCAGACGCAUCGGACGUGGGGUGGGGUGCAACACUAGGGAAUGACGGGAUCUCUAGUCUAUGGCAAGAUCAAACAGUAGUUCAGGUCAACGCAGACAACACCACGGCGUUGGCCUACAUAAAGAAGCAGGGAGGCACUCGUUCGGACUCCUUUUACGAUGGCAGCAAAGGAUCUCUUAUUGUGGGCGAAAGAGAGGAACAUUACUCUUCUAACUCGCUUUAUAGAAGGAGAGAAGAACGUCAGGGUGGAUCUCCUCAGCAGAGAAAGACAGGUUCUCACGACGGAGUAGACCCUGCAUCACGAGUCAAUGCGCACGAAGUAAGAGCUGUGGCGACUUUGAGGGCGUAUAGACACAAGUCGAUGGAAUCGAUCUUGGAAGUGACAUUCUGGCGAAGCAAGUCAGUCUUCGCAGAUUGCUACCUUAAAGACGUACAGACCCAAUAUGAGGAAUGUUGUUCCCUAGGGCCGUACGUUGCCUCCGGCGCCGUAGUUGGAGAAGGAUACAACUGCCUCUAA